GACUAGAACAGACAGUGAACUAAAAUCCAUCCGUGCACUCGUCUAUUCAUCUGAGAGGAGGCAGAUUGAUUCGAUUCAUGAUGGCUACUAAAUCUGCGUUGAGCACCAAGACUCCGAUAACAGAACUGCAGGAAAUGUGCAUUUCAAGAAAAGCACCACCUCCUAUGUACGAUUUUACCGGCGAAGAAGUGGAUAGCAUGACACCAAACGCAAAAGCGUUCACCACAUCAGUUACUGCCCUCGGAUUUAGCUGUUCCGGCAAAGGACGCUCGAAAAAGGAUUCCAAACAUGAUGCCGCGUUCAAGCUCCUUAAAGUGCUAUUCCAGCAAGGUUUGAGCGAUGUCAAUAUGGACGAUGAUGACCACUUUCUGUCGGUGCUGUCGUCGGAUAAAGUCACCGAAGUACGAGAUAUUUGCGUGCAGCGAAAUUUCGAAAUGCCGCAGUUCGAAUGCGUUCGCAACUCGGGACCUUCUCAUGCUCCCGAGUUUGAGUAUGAAUGUCGCAUCGGAAAGAUCGUCCGUCGUGGUGUCCACAAGACAAAAAAGGGAGCCAAACAAGCAGCGUGCAACGAAAUGAUCAAGACGCUGCAAGCCAUGCCGGUAGAAGACAGUGAGAUGCAGGUACAAUCGCUCGACAAAGCAGCAGAGUUAGCAGAGGACGAGGACGAGCACACCAUUCGAACUUAUCGGGAACUGAUCAACUCAGACAUCAAGAAAAAAUUGGGCGUAAAAAUUGCCGAUCGUCAUCGAUUUUUCGAAGAACUGGACCAAUCUAAAAUCGAUGGUGCCCGGAGAAUUGCUAUGGAUGAACUAAUGAAUGCGGAAGAAAAGUGCACCUUGAUUCCCAAGGCUCUCGGACUGAAAUUUGACUUGAAACUGGCAAAUAGCAGCCUGCAGACGAAACAAGGGAGGAAAUUGUUCAGCUUCGAACUGCUAAGCAAUGAGUUCGAUUGUUUCAUUAUUGGUCCGAAUGAUCAAUUUUUUGAAAGUGUUUACGAUUACUUUAAGAACAUGUUGAAUUUCGAUUACAUCGAUUGAAAUCAAAGUCAAGUCG